AUGAACCAGCACGGCCAAUCGAGCAUGGCACCGGCCGCCUUUCAGGAGGCACUGGAACGUGCCCGAGAGCUCGCCGCUAAGAUGGGCGCCCCUUCCGGCGGCGGCGGUGCGUCCAGUAUUACGCCUGGUGGUGGUGGAAACAAGCGCUCAUUUGAUGAUGAUGAUGAUGACGAUUAUCAUCAUGAAUCGAAUAAACGAGCUUCGUAUGAUCCUACGAGGAAUUUCUCAAACAACCGUCCUCAGAAAACUGAGCUCUACCUGGAGGGAAUUGUCUGUGAUGGAGAAAAGACCCUCGACAAGAUGAUUCCCGGCAACAAGGUGGGCUUCAUCAUUGGCAAGGGUGGAGCGGGCAUUCGUGGUCUUCAGGAGAAGGCCGGCGUGAAGAUGGUCAUCUUUCAAGAGUCAGCUCAAGCGAACACCGAAGAGAAGCAGCUUCGCAUUACCGGGCCUCCUGAUCGGGUGGAUUACGCGAAGAAGCUGGUCGAAGACAUGCUCAACGAACGGGACGACAGCUCUCGAAUGAGGCGAGAUAAUUUUGGCGGAGGACCUGGUGGUGGUGGCGGCGGUGGAGGCGGCGGUGGUGGUUGGGAUCGAGACCGUGGCUUCAAUGACAACCGCACCUCGGAUCGCGGCAGUCGAAACCUCAACGAGUACGGCUCCGGCUCGCGACUCUCCUUCCAAGAGCUUCCAGUGUCGCCCAAUGUGAUUGGCAUGGUCAUCGGCAAGGGCGGCGAGAACAUCCGCAAGAUUCAGGCGGAAACGGGCUGCAAGGUGCAAUUCGACACUACCAAGCUGGACGCUCAGGGAAAUAAGAUCUGCCAGUUCACCGGCACGCAGGAGGAGAUCAGCAAGGCGAUUGCCAUGGUGAAGGAGCUGAUUGACAACAUCGGCGGCGGCGCCGGCCAGGAGGAGGUUCGCCUGAUUGUCCCCGCCGCCCGAACCGGUUCGGUCAUUGGCCGGGGCGGCGAGAAUAUUCGCCAGCUGAAGCAGCAGUCAGGCUGCAACAUUGAGCUGGACAAGAACUUUCAGAAUGAAAACGACGAGCGGUGCUUCAUCAUCCGCGGCAGCGCCGAUAAGGUCGCCUACGCCCAGCAGCUGGUGACGGACAAGGUCGGGCGGCAGGAGGCGAGAGUCCUCUCCAGCACCAUUCCCCAGUACGACCAAGACAGCCAGUACGGCUACAUGAGCUCUCAGGCAUACCAAAGACAGGGCGCAGCGGGCUCUUCAACCACCGACUACUACCAGGUUUUACAGGCGGCUGCGGCUGAUGGCAACUCCCAGGCAUCAGUUCAGGAGCAGUACGCAAUGUGGGCUGCCUACUACGCACAGUACUCGCAGGCCCAGCAACAGAUGGGCAACGGGGCUGCUGAAGGGUCAGCCGCCACCGCCGGAGCUGGAGCAGCUGCUGGCUCGGCUGAGCAGAACGAAGAGGCCUACGAAAAGUGGAUCGAGUACUACAAGGCCUACGGUAUGGUGUUUGAGGCCGAGACUAUGGAGAAGUCGCUGGCGGAGUUUCGAAAGCAGAAGAAG